GUUGCAAUGCCAAGAUAGACGGUUUCGACCCAAAAUCUCCCCCAUUUCAUGCCCAGAGUCUACGUCCUUCUGCAAGAGCAGAGAAGCCUAGGGCCGAAGCUGCGGCUGCUGGGGAGUAUCACGAUCUUCAAUGGGUUACGUACAAGAAGCUAGAGAAAAUCACGUUAAGAAGAAAGUAGAAGAAGCACUACGUAGUAAAAUGAAGCAGAAGGCACUAAAGGAAUGUGACCAGUUUACUGCAAAAUAUGCUGAAUGUGCUGCAGGAAGAACACUGUCCGUCGUUUGGAGAUGUCGCAAACAAGCUAAACAAUUAAAUGAUUGCCUUCAUCUGUUGUGUAGACGUAUCAGAAGAAAGCUCAUGAUCAUUGAUUACCUGAUCAGGACUGGGCGUCGACUCAUGGUUGUUCGGAGCUAUCACCGGUUCCAACUCUUUUGGUGCCUCGGCACCAAUGAUGGAGUCUUGGAGGAAAUGAAGAGAGAAUACAUGCUUGAACAGGAUGUGAAGGCUUCAGCUGGAGUGUAAGCUCAUACUUGGUUGAUCAGUUAAAAAUGGUGUAUCUGAAGUACAAAAUGGUUUGUUUGAGCUUGUUUUAGUGGUGAUUCUAUACCAUAUCCCAGCCUGUUGCAUGGGGUUGCCAGUUAAAUUCUUUUUAACCCACCACAGUGAACUAGAGGUGCGAGUAGAUGGGCAAGUUCUGAGUGUUAGAUAGGCUUUAAAAUUCAUUGAAAUUUGAUUACUCACCUGAUUAACCUGUUUGCAGCCAUUUGGAAA